AUGUUGGCUCCUUCCGUGGUUUCGCCCUUGGCUCCGGUGCCAUCUGCGCCGAAGCCAGGUCUGCAGAAUCGCCACGGCAGCGCAGGACAUGCCAGCCGCGCUCCCCUCGCCGCCUCAUUGGCUCUUUUCGUGGCAACACAGCGGCCGCGGCUGGCGCGGCGGAUUGCGAACCUGAGGCUUACAGACCCUUUGGCCGGGGUUCCGGAGGCCGCGUGGCCGCUCCUUCAGCGUGCGGAAGAGGCGCACCCAGCCUUUGGCUGGCAGCAAAUCGCCGAUGGUCUGCGAAGCUGGCGUAAGGCCCUGGAAAACGGACAGGUCUGGGAGGAGGGCGCCGACUGGCCUGACGAGGCCUUGAGGUCGCGAUGGGCAGAAACAUUAGCAGAGCUCGAUCUUCCUCGGCUCACCAAGAGGUACCCAGACCUCAUCGAGCCGCUGCUGUUUCGGCUUUUGGAGAUGGUGGUCCAGCUGAGCGAGGCCCUGGCUGCUUCUGCCGAGGGGUCCAAGGCCAAGGGAGGCAGUGACGACACUCCUACGUCGAUACCUCAGGGUGAAGGGGGCGACCAGGCCGACGACCUCUCACAGCGUGGUCCACACGGCGGUGCUACGCCACGCCCGGAUGCAGAGCCAUCGGAGGAGCCCUCUCUGGAAGCUCUUGGCGAGCGUCUGGCACAGAUGCAGUUUCGACCACCGCCCGGCCUGGAAGGCUAUGGCAUGGGGCAGCCUCCGACACCUCUGGGGCCGGGUCAGGAGGGGGCAGAGUUUCUUGGUCGCAAGAGUUCUAUGAGGCUUGAGGGAGUUCUACCCCAUCUACUGGUUCGGCGCCAGUUGCGGGAGAAGGAGACUGAAAGGAAAGGGGGUGCACUCCUCGAGAUGAUUCAAACGGCCGAGGGCGCAGAUCGGCUUUGCCAGCAGAUGCAGGCCGCCAGCGGGGAAGAGCUGGCAGUGCUCUGGGCGACCUUGGUGGCGACGACCUUGCCUUGCCUGCCCCAGCUCGCCUGUGAUCCCCAUGCGUCGACAGUGAUCUGUCAGCUCAUGGCGCAGCCACUUUUCACCGGCGAGGUGCGGAGCAGGAUGCUCCAUCGACUUCGCGGGUCCAUUUUCAAUCUCGUGAGGGACAAGUAUGGGUGCUGGAUCAUCCAGCAAGCCCUGCAGAGAGGAGGCCCGGAGAUCGUACAUGCUCUCGUGACGGAGCUUCGCGGGCGCGUUCUGAAUUGCUCCCGGCACAUGUACGGAAACUUCGUGCUGCAAAGGUGUUUCGAGAUGCUGCCCUGCGCAGAAGUGCACUCCAUGCUCGGAGAGCUGGCAGACAAUGCGGUGGCUGCGUCGCUGAACCUCUACUCAGGGCGUGUACUCCAACGUGUCAUGGAGAACUGUAACCAUGAGCACGAGCACAUGAUGCAGAUCCUGGACUCCCUGCUCGAGCCGGAGGCUCUAGGCAGGCUCGUCACCAGCGCACACGGGCACAACGUGAUCCGCUCGAUGCUCACCCGCGCCAGCGCCCUUCGCGUGCGGAGCGUGGUGGCGUUCUUCUUGCAGGAGAACGACCUCCUAAGCUAUGCACGGAAUCGGCACGCCAGCUUGGUGCUGGAGAGUUGUCUGGAAGCCUUGUGCCGGCCAGACUUGGCAGAGCCCUUGCAGCCGGACAGAGCAGCCUUGGUCGAACGAAUCCUGGGGAAGGAAGGUGACGACCAGCCGCUCUUUAUCAAGGUGGCCUUGGACCGCUUUGGCAACUACGUGUGCCAGCGGGUGAUCUUCAUUUCGCAGGGAGCUGAGGCAGAGCGGGUUCUCAGCCUGAUCGCCUCCAUGGGCAGCAAGCUCCGCCGCACCACCAAUGGCCGGCAUAUCCUGGCCACGGCGCGGUCGAAGUUCGGCCAGCUCCCUGCGCCCUGCGCGCCCAAGCCCUGA